UUUCUUCCCUGUUUCUGUGUGACUGUUUCCGUCACUCUCUCACACAGGCAGAGGCAGAGAGGUUGCUAGAGGCAGCGAAUACUGCAUUUGUAGUGUCUUCUCUUUCUUCUCUGUUCCUCUAAAACAUGAUGCUUUGUCACCGGCCUCUGCGCCAUUUUUCUUUUCUGGCCACCUUUCUCUUACUUCUCUUUUCUCUCCUUUCUCUCUCACACGCAGCUUCUCGACCUCGCUCUCAUUUUUCACUAGUCCGGACCCAACCCAUUCCAGCGGGAGAAAAUGAGAACAAUGUUGUGGGUUUUUACCUGACAGAAAGGUCCCAUUUAGAUGACAGUGCUGCAGAACCAUCUGAGGACUCACCCGAUCCAUUUGUGAACUCACCCAACCCCUUUGUGAACUCACCCAACCCCUUCGUGAACUCACCCAACCCCUUCGUGAACUCGCCCAACCCAUUUGUGAACUCACCGAAUCCAUUUCAGAACUCACCCAUUCCAUUUGGGAAUUCACCCAUUCCAUUAGCUGCAGAGAGAACACGAAGGGAUGACCCUCUUAAUGGGUUCAAAAAGUACACCAACGGGUGGAACAUCAGAGACCACCAUUACUGGGCUUCUGCAGCAUAUACCGCAGCUCCUGUGUUUGUUGUCGCAGCAAUCUGGUUCCUGGGCUUUGGCGUGUGCUUAUUGCUCAUAUGUCUCUGUUGCUUCUUUCCUAAAAGAGAUUCUUAUGGUUAUUCUCCAACAUGUUAUGCCGUUUCCCUCAUUCUCCUCAUACUAUUCUCUUUCGUAGCAAUGAUUGGAUGUUUCAUUCUCUAUGUUGGUCAGGGAAGCUUUCAUCGUAGUACGACAACAACAUUGGAGUAUGUUGUAGGUCAGGCUGAUUCUGCUGAGGGUAAACUCAGAAAUGUAUCUGACUAUCUUGUUCAAGCUAAACAGGUUGGAAUUGAUCGAGUUUUCCUCCCCGCUAAUGUUCAAACUGAUAUCGACGACGUCCAAACAAAGAUCAACGCUUCUGCUAGCACGCUUGCUGAUCAAACUGAAAAAAAUGCGGAUGACAUCCAAGAUCUCUUAGAUUCUGUAAGGGUGGCACUUAUCAUAGUAGCUGCUGUUAUGCUACUCUUGACAUUCCUCGGAUUUUUGUUCUCCAUCUUUGGACUGCAGCUUCUCGUGUACAUCUUGGUGAUCGCAGGAUGGAUUCUGGUUACCGGUGCUUUUAUUUUAUGUGGCUGCUUCCUUCUGCUCCAUAAUGUGACUGCAGACACCUGUGUAGCUAUAGAUCAAUGGACCCAGCUUCCCUCCGAACAUACAACGAUGGACGAAAUAAUGCCUUGUUUGGACAAUACAACGGCGCAAGAAACCUUGUCAAGAAGCAAAGAAGUAACCUCUGAACUUGUUAACUUGGUUAACCAGAUUAUCACCAACGUAUCAAACAUAAAUUUCGCCCCCAACUUCACUCCACUCUACUACAAUCAAUCCGGCCCCCUUAUGCCUCUCCUCUGCAACCCUUUUCAUCCUGACAUGACAGAUCGACAAUGCGAACCUGGUGAAGUAACCUUAACCAAUGCUACUCAGGUGUACGGCAACUUCGUGUGUCAGGUUUCACCAAAUGAGAUAUGCAUGACUCAAGGGCGUUUGACCCCUACCUUUUAUAACCAAGUGUCUGCUGCAAUCAACUCGGGGAAUGCCUUGUAUAACUAUGCUCCAUCCCUGGUUGACCUUCAAAACUGUAACUUUGUUCGAGAAACAUUGAGUGAGAUAUCCAAGGAUCACUGUCCUGAUCUGCGACGUUACAGCAAAUGGGUGUAUGCUGGGUUGGUAAUGGUGGCCACAGCCGUGAUGCUGUCGUUGGUGUUCUGGAUUAUUUUUGGGAGGGAGCGUCGACAUCGUUUACAGUCAAAAGAUUCAAGGCAUGCACCACCACCAGCACGGCCACUGCCACGGCCGCGGCAGCGACCACUACCACAACCGCGGCAGCGACCGCUACCGCAACCGCGGCCGCGGCCACGAAUUGCCCUCGAGGACAGGAAUAAUCUAGCACUAGUACCCAGUACUUGACAUGCUUUCCACUAGAACAAGAUGUGAAGGAAAUGAACCCAGUUUAGCUUGCACUUCUUUAUGUGAUGCUUGUGUAAACUCCCAUAGCUUUUUCUAGCCCUUCCAUUUGACGUGAAUUUCUGUAAAUCGAGUCAUUUUUCCCAUCAGCAUGGCGGCCCCACUUUGAAUCCCACGUGCGCCUUAUUUUGGGCCAAGCAAUUUAUGCAGCCCGGCCCACAAUUAACACUAUAAAAUUGGACCAAAGGCAUCUGUCUGCGUGAUGUGAAGCCCGCGGAAGAA